AUGAAAAGAAUAAGCUGGAAUGCACGGGGAUUGGGGAACCCGAAUGCAUUACGACACCUUAGAUUGCUUGUUCAACAACAAUCUCCCCACGUUUUGUUCCUUAUGGAAACAAAACUCGCUCAAAAUUCUAAUUCUAGAAUCCGACAGCUUUUACAUUUUCCCAAUGGUCUUGAGGUACCUCGGGUUGGAUUGAGUGGUGGUUUAAUGCUUUUUUGGACAGAUGUGGUUGAUGUUACUUUGCUGAAUAUGGGACCAACUUUCUUUGACUGUUACAUGAAAUUUAAUGGCUGGCCGAACUUCCAUUUUACAGGCUUUUAUGGUGCUCCUGAGAUUGCUAAUAAAUCGGACUCCUGGACUUUAUUUCAGCGUUUUGGCGAUGUUGCUCCACUUCUACCUUGGCUUACUAUGGGUGAUUUCAAUGAAAUUUUGUCCAAUAAUGACAAAUCGGGAGGUGGUUUGAGACGUGAAUCCCAAAUGGAGGCUUUUCGAUCUACUUUGGAUAAAUGUUUUCUACAAGAAGUGCCUUACAUUGGUGAUCCUUUCACUUGGAUUAAAAAUCGGACUGCUGUACAUACACUUAAGGAGCGCCUUGACUGGUGUUUUGUCAACAAUCAUUGGCUAUCUUUUUUCCUUGCUCCAACUGUUGAACACUUGGACUAUUACCACUCCGAUCAUAGAGCCAUUGCAGCUGUUUUUUCAUGUGCCACACUGCCCGAUACUUCAGCAAAGAGCAGAAGUAGAUUUCGCUUUGAGAAACUGUGGCUGGCCGACCCUGAAAGUACUGAAAUCAUCUCAAAAAGCUGGAAUAUUAAGCUCUUGUGCAAAAAAUUUGCAAAGUUGGCAUAUUGGAAAGUAUGGUAA